UGAGGGAAGGAUGCAGUCGGGGAAUCUCUGGAGAGUUCUGGGACUCUGCCUCUUAUCAGUUGGCGCUUGGGCAGAAGAAGAUUUUGAAGAAACCGAUGAAGUUACACAAAUACAAACACUGAAAUCAUAUAAAGUCUCCAUCUCUGGAAACAGUGUAGAGCUUACAUGCCCUGAGGAUACUGUAUCUGAGGAAAUAUCUUGGAAAAAAGAUGGUGAAAAAAGGCCCCAUCAUUAUAACAACCCACUGUUACUGGAGGAUUUUUCAGAAAUAGAGGACAGCGGUUAUUAUACCUGCUCAGAGAGCGAGAAUCAUAAGCUCUACCUGAAAGCAAGAGUGUGUGAGAACUGCGUGGAGGCGGAUCUGAGGGUGGUGGCCGCAAUCAUCGUGGUGGACAUUGGCGUCACUUUGGGCUUGCUGCUGCUGGUGUAUCACUGGAGCAAGAACAGAAAGGCCAAGGCCGUGCCUGUGACGAGAGGAGCGGGGGCUGGCAGCAGGCCCAGGGGACAAAACAGGGAGAGGCCACCACCUGUACCCAACCCAGACUAUGAGCCCAUCCGGAAAGGCCAGCGGGACCUGUAUGCUGGCCUAAAUCAGAGAGGCAUCUGACAGCUCCUGAAGACACUGUCUCCCACUGACGCAGGUCUGGCUCCUCUCCAGGCCUGCUACUCCCUGCUCCCUGGGCAAAUCUUGGACCCCACAGGAGAACUGUUCCUCGGCCUUGUGGGGAACUCACACCCUCAGCCUUGUCCCCAGCGGCCUCCUUCCUCCCUUCUCUGCUGGCCCCCAUCCAAGGAUAUUGCUGCCUCAUUAUCCUUUGAAACAUCAUCACUACUCACCCCUCACACCUGGCCUGCCCUCUUAUCAGCAUAUUUAUUUCUGUUCUUCACACACCCCCAUUCCUUCCUGCCCUGAUGGCUGUUACUUCUCCCUUUGGCUCCCUCCUUCUCCUGCAUAGAAGUUGCCCCAUCCCUAACUAGUCCGUCUACAUUCCCCUGUUUCUAACUCUCUCUUUGGCGACCCUCUGUGGGAACGGACUGGGUAAAUGCUGGCAGAGGUCCUGCCCUGUUCACAGACCCUGACCCAGAGCUAGUCCUGUGCCCCUUCCCUCCCUGUCUCCACAGCAGGCCCCUAGAUGGUCAUUUGCAGCUCCAUGAAUGUGCUAGGCUCCUUUUCAGCUGAGAGAGGAAAGAAAUAAAGUGUA